AUGACUACACCCCAACCUAGUAUAUGGGCAAACAUUCAUGUCCCAGCGUUCAAGCCUGUUCGCUUCAUUCCCGCAGCGAGCGAGGCCGCAAUUAGGGGCUUAACGGUCUCAAGAUUCUAUGCAGCGGCUCACAAGGUAGAAUCCCAGCAUACUACCGGAGCCAAACGAACCAACCAUUGGGCCUUUUACAUCCAAAGUACGACUAAUGACUGGAUUCGCAUCGAUGUCACGCCGAGUGGUUUGCCCGGGCCGAAUAAUGGCGGCUCCAAGGCCAACAUCGUCAUCUCUCAUUUACCGUAUAAAAGUCUCUCCAACAGUGUGGAGCACCAAAACGAGCUCAGGCUUCAAACACCAAUUACUGUUGGAUGGAUUGUCGACACAAUAGUCGGUGCCGGCCGCGAUAAAUAUGAGUUCAAUGCCCAAGGUGUGGGCUGCAGGAACUGGAUAGUCGACCAGCUGGCCCUGCUUGCGAGUGCGUUCCACGGCCCCGAUGUUCAGGCGGCCACCAAUGAUGUCAGUAUGCUGUGGCCCGCGCGCACACAAUCACCUCUGAGCAGUGGUGCCGGGUACUACAGCUAGGUCUCUUCAGCGUAAUGAUCGCGCCGGGAGAAUCCCUGGAAAAUGCAUGGAAAACUACGCGCGGUGCUGGUCCGAAAAUAUUCCACUGGUGCAAUCGUUGUUUGAAGGAGCAUUGGAUUCUACCAAAGUCUUGUCGAAUUGCAUUUGUUGAGGGAAUUGUGUACUCUCGCUGUUUGCUAUCCCACU